CGGCUUCUGCAGAGGCGGCGAGCGGGGAGGCGGGCGGGCGAAAGGGGAGGAGGAGUGCUCGGUCCCUGGGAAUGGAAGGAAGCGGGGUGCCCGGAGCUCGGCCCGGCACCGGGCAGUGGCGAGACCAGAGGCUGACCACCCCGCCUUAGACGCUAGCACUAGGCAAGGGGCAGCCGGGGUAGGAUUGCACCGAGACGUAGGUCAAGUUUGUGUUCAUUUGCACACCGACCUCCAUUUACCGCGUCCCUCGCCUCCCGUCCAACCAGCUCUAUCUAAAUCGUCAUCAUCCAUUAGGUGGACAGUUGACGUUUCCCAAAUCUUUUCUAAAACCUGAGAACAAAUAGUUUUAGAAAAUCUUGCUACUUGCAGUCAUCCGUUAAGUGCAAUCUAAAAUAGAAACUUGUCCUGAAGUUUCUUAGUUCCCUCUCGGCCCUUGCAUCCCCACCCAACCAGGGAGCUGUGUUAAGCUCUCGGUAUAAAAGUCCUGGAGCCAUCACUCAUUUAUUUCUCCUCUGAAAGAGAGGAGCUGUGGUCUCUUCCUGAAGAGGCGCUGGCCUUCCUCUCUCUGCUGUAAGGGAAAGACAGUAGUGAGGGGUUAAGACUGACGUCAUUUCACCUACCUGCGUGUCAUGUUUCCUGUCUUACAAAGCAGGUUUGUUGCUGAACCCAUGAUGGUUGGCCUGGGUUAAAGCAUCUAGAGACCCUAGGAUUGCUUCAGGUCAGCAGUCCCCACUGGAGAAAAAAAUAUUGGCUCCCAGAGGUGGGCACGAGCCGGUGGUGAGACGCAGGGGAAAGGGGCAGGCGCCUUCCCAGCCCCAGCCUGGCAUUCCUGGACAGUGGCAGCCGCCCCCAGGGGGCCAGGUCCCUGAGCUCUGAAGCCGAGGCUGUGGGAUCCGAAGGAAGGCCCUUGAGCCGAUGGUCUGUCACAGGAAGCCAAGCCGACCAGGGCCUUGCGGGCCGCUCCCUCGGGCUCUGCCACCUCAGGGCGGUAGGUAGCCCCGAGGGCAAGUCCGGGAGUGGAUAAAGCUGGGAAGAGGUACCAUGGAAGUGCAGAAGCUGUUCCCCGGCACCGGCCCCGGCCCCACGCCCGACCAGGAGGCCCCGCGGACAGCGGUGAAGAGGGAAUGCUGGUGGCAGGCCUGGGCGGAGAAGCCAGUCACCUUGGAGGACGUGGCCGUGCGCUUCACCCCGGAGGAGUGGGCGUGUCUGGACGCCCGUCAGAGGGCCCUCUACCAGAACGUCAUGUCCGAGACCUUCAAAACCCUGGUGUCUGUGGCUAGAACCGCUCUGACUAAUCCGGAUCGGGUCGCGGAGCUGGAACAAGAAGUGAAGCGGUGGAGAGCAGCCCUCCUCCCGCCGCGGGGGGGAGGCCGCCCUGCAGGAGGCGAGGAGCAGCCCCUGGGCGGGCCCCCAGCGCUCCCGGCACCCGCACCCGCGGCUGGGCCCCCCUUCCCCUGCCCCGUCUGCGGCAGGUGCUUCAGUCAGCGCUCCAACCUCCGUUACCACCAGUUCGUCCACAAUCUGAAGGGGACGCACAGCUGCGGCCAGUGCGGGAAGUCCUUCCGGAGCCCCAAGGCCCUCAGCUGCCACCGGCGCACCCACCUCGGGGAGCGGCCCUUCCGCUGCUCCCUCUGCGACAAGACCUACUGCGACGCCUCGGGCCUGAGCCGCCACCGCCGCGUGCACCUGGGCUACCGGCCCCACUCCUGCCCCUGCUGUGGCAAGUGCUUCCGGGACCGGUCUGAGCUCAAGCGCCACCAGCGGACACACCUGGCCCCGGGGCCGGCGGCGGGGAGCCCCGUGCCAGCGGCCGGGGUCCAAGGAGCCACGCGGAGAGCCGAGGGCCCCGCCGCCGCCGCCGCCGGGCCGCGGCCGCCCGCAGGCAGGACCCCGGUGCUCGUGGUGAGAGCUCAGGCCCCCGUGGCCACAGCCCCAGCGCCGGGGCCCCACGGCCCGAGCGCCCGGCCCCAGGCUGCCCGGCCGAAGCCUCCGGGGCGCAGGGGCUCCCCCUGCCCGCGCUGCCCCCUGACCCUCGGGGCCAAGGCUUCGCUGUCCAGGCACCAGGAGGCCCACCGCGCGGAGCAGUCGCGCCGCUGCUUCUGCUGCGGCCAGGCCUUCGGCUCGCCCUCGGCGCUGCGCCGGCACCAGCGCGCCCGCUGGGAGCAGGUCUACCGCUGCCCCGUCUGCGACCUCUGCUUCGGGGAGCGGGAGGCCCUCGUGGGGCACUGGGGCAGCUACCAGGGCGAGGGGCUGUGCCGGGCGGCCCUGGGCCAGUGGCUGGGCCUCUCGCCGCGCCCGCCCGGUGGCAGGGAAGGCAGCGGGUCUCCGAGGAGCCGGGCCCCCAGGAGGUGGCCCGGGAGGAAGGGAGGAGGGACGCGGAGGAAAAGCAGCAGACGGGGCGGCGAGGGCCUGGAACAAGAGUAAAGGCCUUUCCGAUCCAGACGUCGUCUGUUCGUCUGUUCGGUUUUCCUGGGGACGGACUGGGGCGGAGGCUGGGGCGGGAGGAAGAGGCACAGGGCGUGGCCUGGGAACUUGGCGUUAUUC